UGAGGCCGACUCAGUAACACUCAGAGCCGCAGGUGAGACGGAGGGACAAACUGUAGCUCCCACUGGGAAAAUCAAUUCACUGCAAGAGUUAAACAAAUAAUUAAAAAAAUACACAACCCUCCCAGGGAGAUGUCGGCACCAGUGCCCUUUUCAUUCGGAGUUGAGUGAUUAACUCUUCAAAUUAAAUUCCCAAAGUUCUUGAGUUGAGUUCGAUUACGAUGGCAUUAAAAACUAUUGGAGUCAUCAUCUUCAUCAGUUUCACGAGUUGCGGAGUCCUGGGACAGGAUGACGAUUCCCUAGCUGGUAGCUUCCUAUCAGGUCUUCUGGACUCGAUAGCAAACACAGCGAACAGUGCGGAUUGCCCUGGGGUGUGUGUCCACGCUCUUGCUACUCUCAUCUGCGAUGAGGUCCUGGAAGAUGUCCAGUGUCCAACACCCAGCAUGAGGUGCUGCGUCAAUGGACCUUUGAACAACACGGAGACGUCAUCGGAGAAUGACAUCGAGGGCUCCACACCCACCAGCACUGAAAAACCCACGUCAACCCCUUCCACCACUAUCUCCACCACUAUUUCCACCAGUACUACCCCCAGUACGACGUCUACUGCAGGGACAACGGAGACGCAUCGAGUGCCGGAGAAGCCGAAAGAGAACAAAUGUUCCCCGGGGUUGUGCAUAGAGGCAAGACUGACGAGUUACUGUGAAGCGAUCCUCGACAUCGAGGAUUAUUGUCAGCCCCCAUUCCGGUGCUGUGUCUCGAAGGACAGAUUCGGGAAUAAUCCACCCCCUGAGUUUCACCUGGUGGACCGUACGAAGGGGAACAUCACCAAAGAGGAGAAGGGAGUGGAUAAAACGACGAGCACUGCACGUCCAACGACCACCACUCCAACGACGACGACGACCACCACCACCACCACAACAACCACUCAGAGACCGAAACCUCUUCAUCAGACACCCUGCAAGGGUGAAUGCGUCAAUGGUCUAUUCGCCCUCUUCUGCGAUAACAUCGACAGAGAAGCCGAUUGCCCUUCCGGAGACUCUUGCUGCAUCACUGAUCCUCCCAUUAGGGUGGAGCCGAGCACGACGACUCCUCGUCCAACGACUAGACCACCGCAGACAAAACUACCCACGUGCAGGGGAUACUGCAUACUCCCGAUUUUUGCAGCAUUCUGUGAGCGACCUAAUGAGAUUAAUUACAGGACGAGUUGUCAGAGUAAAGGGGGAUUCGCCUGCUGCGAGGGGAGCAAUUCCCUGCCACCUGUAUCGAAAAAUCGACCGAAACCGGCGCCGACGCGACCACCAGCCACGACGGUAUCACUGCCUCCAGAUAAUCGACCUGAGUGUCCUGGAUCCUGCAUCGUGUCUUAUCUGUCCUUCACGUGCUUCAGGAAUGCGGAGUUGACGAAUUUGUUCAAGUGUAAAAAAAUCGGGCACCAGUGUUGCGCACCGAAAUUCAGGAUACGAGGGGUCAGUAAUUCCACUGAACAAAGUGCCUCCAAUCGAAAUGAUACAGCAUUUUCUGGAAGUUCAAGGCCCACCACAAGUUUUCCUUCAUUCUAUGAGACAACGUUAACGACAACUCCAGCACCGACAACAACCGCAUUAUCAACAACAACCGACUCAACAUUUAAUAAAUACGUGUGUGGAGUGAAGGGUACAUCGCGUGGGCCCAUUCAGGCUAAGAGUUUGUGGAGGGACCCAAGGGUGGUAGGAGGUGAGGAUGCCGAUGCUAAUGAGUGGUGCUGGCAAGUGGCACUAAUUAAUUCCCUCAAUCAAUAUCUGUGCGGGGGUGCACUAGUGGGAACUCAGUGGAUCCUGACAGCUGCACAUUGUGUCACCAACAUUGUCCGAUCUGGAGAUGCUAUUUACGUACGAGUUGGAGAUCACGAUUUAACGAGAAAAUAUGGGAGUCCUGGUGCCCAGACCCUGCGAGUGGCGACAACGUACAUUCAUCACAACCACAACAGCCAGACCCUGGACAACGACAUUGCCCUGCUGAAGCUCCAUGGACAAGCUGAACUCAAGGAUGGGGUGUGUCUUGUAUGCCUGCCAGCCAGGGGUGUCAGUCAUGCCGCUGGAAAGAGGUGCACUGUCACUGGAUAUGGGUACAUGGGUGAAGCUGGCCCAAUACCACUGAGAGUACGAGAGGCUGAAAUUCCUAUAGUCAGUGAUGCUGAGUGCAUCAGAAAAGUCAAUGCUGUCACUGAAAAACUCUUUGUACUACCCGCCAGCAGUUUUUGUGCUGGGGGAGAGCCAGGAAAUGACGCUUGCCAGGGGGAUGGAGGGGGUCCCCUAGUGUGCCAGGAUGACGGUUUCUACGAGCUGACAGGACUGGUGUCCUGGGGCUUCGGUUGUGGUCGAGUCGAUGUGCCAGGAGUCUACGUCAAGGUGUCAGCGUUUAUCGGAUGGAUAAGCCAAAUAAUAACUGUUAAUAAUCUUUAGUCGGUCUCGGUAUCCGAAACAGCGUCUUGACGAUAGCACUGUGAGAUAAUGUUAAAUUAAAAAAAGAUGAACUUUGAAAUUGAGUAGAAUGAAACGACUAAAAAAUUCUCAACGCACUAAUUCCUUCAGUCUCGGAACAAAUUGUUGAGUUGACAGCUGUUGAUAGUUGAUUGAAUCAUUCCACUUGAUUAUCAAAUAAAUCAUAAAAAUCAUUCGUCCAGUCAUUUUCACCAAAAUUCAAAUUCGACAUCGACAUUUUCUUCAAAAACACCUUCAAAGAAGAAAAAAAAAUCCCCUCGCUUUGUAAAUUAACGCAUUACCCACUAAGAAAUAAUAAAACAAUUACAUUCCACAACUUUAUUCAUAUAUUUAUAGAUAAAUGCCUGCGCGUGCUGACGAUAAUGUAUAUUUCCCUAAUUA